AUGUCGAAUUCUGGAGAAGGCGGGUCAAAGGGUAUUGAUCAGAUCGAUCCCAACUCGCCGUAUUACCUCCACCCUUCCGACUAUCCGAAACAGAUGCAAGUCAAUGAUUGCCUUACCGAUUCCAACUUCAACGACUGGGUUCAGGAGAUGACCAAUUUUCUGUUCGCCAAAAAUAAGAUCGGGUUCGUCGAUGGAACCCUCAAAAAACCGGAGAAGACUAACAAGGAGUACAUGCCAUGGAUGAGGUGUGACGCCAUGAUAAAGGGAUGGCUGACCACAACCAUGGAGAAGGAAAUUCGUUCAAGUGUCAAAUACGCCAACACCUCUGCCGAGAUCUGGAAGGAUUUGAGCGAAAAGUUUGGUAAAGAAAGUGCCCCAAGGGCCUAUGAAUUGAAGCAGUCCCUCAAUGUCACUCGUCAAGAUGGCGCUUCAGUGUCAGCAUACUACACAAAAUUACGGGCAAUUUGGGAUAAAUUAGUACGGUUUUACCGUCGCCACGUUGCACAUGUGAGGGCUGCACAUGUGAGGUGGGAAAAAGACUUGUUGAUUUGA